AGUUUACCACAGGGAGAGCAGUUAGUAUGGGAAUGUUGUUGACAUGGGCCGCAUUAAACAUUUAGAUGCAACAUGAGCAUGGUGAAACAUUAAGAGAGAGAGACCUCGAGAGCGAGCGUGUGUUCGCUGCCCAUCCAGGAGCUCAGAUAAAGCAGACACUGUGUACGUGUGUCCAAUCUGAAACAGGUUUUCCCACAAUAGGAACUCUCCACCCCAUCCUGGCCGGACUUUAAAAGCCCAGCCUCUCUACAGAGAGACACCGUAUCGCUCAGGUCUGCCCACCUGUUCUCAUCCGAAACAUCAGCUCUCCACGGUUUCUCCUGUCUAACUAUGAGUCUGCGAAGCAAGCGCAUCAGUUCGAGCAGCUCCGUGAGGAGCAGUGGGAAGAUGGGAGGCUACGGCUACAGCAGCUUGAGCGGGAUCUCCUUGGGAGCAUCUGCCCCGAGCUUCAGCACCAGCUCGGCCUAUCUGGGGCCACCCAUCGCUAGCGUCUCCGUCAACAAGAGCCUGCUUGCGCCUCUCAACUUGGAGAUCGACCCCAACAUCCAAAUGGUGCGCACUCAGGAGAAGGACCAGAUCAAGUCGCUGAACAACCGCUUCGCCACCUUCAUCGAUAAGGUUCGCUUCCUGGAGCAGCAGAAUAAGAUGCUGGAGACCAAGUUUGAGCUGCUGCAGGGUCAGACCCCGGGCCGGUCCAACGUCGAGCCCAUGUUUGAGGCUUACAUGGCCAACUUGCGCAGACAGAUGGACGUGGUCAACAAUGACAGGACCAAGCUGGACGGAGAGCUGAGGAACAUGCAGGGACUGGUGGAGGACUUCAAACACAAAUAUGAAGAUGAGAUCAACAAGAGGAACAACCUGGAGAACGACUUUGUGAUCCUGAAAAAGGAUGUAGACUCUGCAUAUCUGGUGAAAGCUGAUUUGGAGGACAAAGUGGGUGCCCUGACUGAUGAGAUCAACUUUCUGAGGACCAUCUACGAUGAGGAAUUGCGCGAGCUGCAGGCCAGCAUUAAAGACACGUCUGUCAUUGUGCAAAUGGACAACUCCCGAAACCUCAACAUGGAUCAUAUUGUGGCCGAAGUCAAGGCUCAAUACGAGGAGAUCGCAGCCAGGAGCCGCGAAGAGGCUGAAUCCUGGUACAAGUCCAAGUUUGACCAGAUGUCCUCUCAAGCCAAUCAAUACAACGACGAACUGCGCAACACUAAAGGAGAGAUCGGAGACAUCAACCGCAUGAUCAGCCGUCUGCAGAGUGAGAUCGAGGUCAUUAAGUCACAGCGCGCUAACCUGGAGAACCAGAUAGCAGAGGCCGAGGAUCGUGGCGAGAUGACUGUGAAGGAGGCCAAAGGCCGUAUUAAGGACUUGGAGGAAGCUCUUCAGAGAGCCAAGCAGGACAUGGCCCGCCAGCUCCGCGAGUAUCAGGAGCUCAUGAAUGUCAAAUUGGCGCUGGACAUCGAGAUCGCCACCUACAGGAAGCUCCUGGAAGGAGAGGAGGACAGAAUUGGACAGCAGCCCAUUGUGAACAUUCAGGCUGUUCCCAACUUCAGUUCUAAAGGGGUGAAUGGCUAUCAGCAGAACAGCUCUCCAUCACCUAAAAUCCUGAUCAAGACGACUGAAACCAGAAACAACACCAGAUUCAGCACUCACUGAAGUGUUAAUCAACAGAAAAAACACCAUUCUAUACCUAUGGCAGUUAACAUUAAAUAUAGAAGUAGUUUUCUUUUGACUUUCUAUGAAUCAGUGGGAGGAAUCUGAAAUUAAUUUUCUGAAAGAACAAAGCCUUUUGUUCCAUUCAAUAUUAUAUAUAUACUCAAAAUUAAAAGACUAUAUAAACUGAAAUUAAAGAUUGAUUUAUUCUACAGAAUUCAUUUUUCAUUAUUAUACUGCAAUGCACCUAAAGCUUCUUUUUAUGCCUCCAGUCUAAACUAUUGCAUGCGAUCAUUUAGUAUCAUUUUGGAUUGGUGCUGUCAAUCAAUGCGAAUUAUAUGGAUAUAAA